AUGCAAAUUAGAGCCGUGAAUGGUAGAUUUGGCGGUACAUCGCAUGAUUCGCACAUAUGGAACUUGUCCGGUGAGCGCGAAUAUUUAAAAACUGCCUUUGAAAACGGUGUCUCUGGCCAACGAAUUCUUGGCGACUCAGGAUAUCCGUUGGAACCAUGUCUCCUUACUCCAUACAGGAAUUCUACGGAAGUUUCAGUCGAACAUUUUUUUAAUCAAAAACGUUCAAAGGAAAGGUCGUUAAUUAAGAGAGUUUUUGGCGUUUUGAAAGGCCGAUUUCGUUGCCUUCUAGCUUCAAGGGAGUUGCACUAUGCUCCAGAAAAGGUUUAG